AUGGAAGGUUUUGCAGUGAUGUCUGACGCUGGUGCGGACGCGCGCAUGAAGGAAAAGGAUGCUCAUCUGACGAACCUAAUUAUCGAGAAGCGUGAGGCAGCAAAGCAAAUAGAGGGGUUGAAGGCCGAGAUAGCCGACCUGCGAGCGCGACUUUCACAGGCAACAUCCCGGAGACUGCUUCCCUACGAUGAAGGACUCUCAUCCACCUUUGCUGCGGAGAAAACUGCCCUAAAAAAUACAUCAAUAGAGGAGAUAUCAAUUUGGAAUGAGGAACUUAUCCACACAAUCGAGCAACUGCAGCGCUCACUCAUUCAGCUGGAAGCGGACUCGAAGGCGCAGCUCAUUACCCUUACCGAUCGCCUUGACCAGCUGAGAAAGGAGAAUGAGAGACUGCUGCGCGAGAACGAUUCGCUCAAGGCCCGCAUAGGGGACGAUGUCUUGCGGCAGCGACAAGCAAAUCGUAUCGAAGUGGCGUUUGAACGCGGUCGCAUCGCUGCGCGAGUGCGGGCAGCCGGGCUUCACCGACUCGAGGCAGCAGAGGCGAACUUGAUGGAAGCUCACGAUGAUGUUUAUCAUGUGCAACGCUGGGACGCAAUCCUGCUUCCUCAGCGCGACGUCUCCUUUGUUUUUCACUUUGUCUCAAAUGUGACAUAUCCUCUGGGCGACAUCGAGGAACUCGUCAUGAGGGUAUACCAACAGCUUCUCUUUCACAGCAGCUCCUGCUGCCGUGGCUACCGCGUGGGGUUCUAUAAAAGCAUGGAGGUGUUUGCCUUCCAGGCGCCGUCUGACGCGCUUCUGUUUGCAAAGGAGUGCCACGAGCAGCUGGUGCGCCUCUCGUGGUUUUCGUGCAUUGAGAGUAUGCCGGCAUUCUCCACCAUCACUGAAAACAACAAGGUGUUAUACAAAGGGCCCCGCAUUCACACCUGCAUCUUUACAUGCUCGCCAGAGUCGUACGUAGACCCUGUUUCCGGAAAGUACGCCUUUUUCGGACCGGAGGUCGCGGAAGCAGUUCAGGCCGCCAUUGAGCAGUGCCCAAUUGGCGAAAUUGUAGUGAAUGAGAAGUGGGCGCAGCUCAUGUGCAUGCAGUCGCGGAUGCGAGAGGAUCGAUCGGUGCCGACGGAGAGCAACGCAGCCGAGCUGCGUGAGUGUCUGGGGUCUAUGUGGAACGUUGUGGGGCUCCCUGGUGCGCAUCAUAUUAUUGCCUCAAUCCUGCCGUCAGGACUGCGCAGUCGCCGUGGAGUGGAGGCAUCCGUUCUGUACCCGAGCCGCAAAUACCCGUGCUUGGAGAUGAAAGACAGCGCCUCCGAGGUGCGCAUGGUGGUCAAGGGGAUGAAAGGAAUGCUCCCUGACGCCUUUGAAGGUCCAGAGGAGGGGCGUCAAAAGUCGAACGGGGGUGGUGACGUCAUUCUGCAACAGAUGCGACGCCGCGCGAACUUUUGGCAUGACGCUGUCGUCAAGGCGCCUUUGCAUACCUCGACGCAGGAGCCGAACACCGAGUUCUCGGAUAGCGCUGCCAAGCUGCUGGAACUUUUUGUGGUGCAAAAAGAAAAUAGUAAUCUCAUAGCGCUCUAUCGCAAGACGGAGGCUGCUAGCGCGGCGCUGGAGCGGAACAUGAUGGAGUCCGAAGACCGUUUUGAGAUCAGGAAGCACAAAACACUGCAUUCGUCGGAGACAGCCUAUAUCUGCACCAUCGACACAGGUGAUGAGAGUAUCUGGAAGCAGCUGCUUCUGAAGAGCAUCUCGGAUGAGCAGUUUGAGUCGAUUCAGAACACCAUCCGUGGUGACAUCCACAACGCCGCCAAGGUGCACUUUGGAUUCCUCAUGAGCGGCAACUACUCUGAUGUGUUCACGUACGUGUUUCGCGAGGUCGAGCAAGCCCUUGCUUUUGUGUCUGAAAUGUACAUCAAGGUCAACCGCACAGGCACGAAGUACGCCCACACGUCGCUGGGCAAGGGUCGCGAUGUCUUCCUGUUCCGUGCCGGCGUGGCGAGCGGGCCCAUGACCUCCAUUUACCGCAACCUAGAAAACGGUGUGCUGAAGUGCACCGGUCCGGCCAUUCGCCUCUCUGGUACUCUGUGCGACCUCGCCGAAAGCGGAGAAAUUCUUGCCAUGGAGGACGUUGUCCGCAGCUUCUACUCGAAGAAAGAGAACUUGCUUGAUACACAGUACAUCGUGAAGCAAAGACCCCAGUUCAUCGGCUCCCACGACCCCCCGGCGAUGGUGCACUCGAUCCUGCCCAAGCCCUUUGCAUACCGUCACAAGCAGCUGCGCAACUUUGGGAGGGCCGCCAUGCAGAACAAGAAUCUGUAUCUACCCUACCGUUCCGUUCUGGCAGCGCUGACGCUGCGCCGGGAUGAGCUGCCACGACAAGGCGUGCUCGACAUGAUGGAACAGCAGCAGCGCCGACUGGAACUUGGUGAGAUGGCCCGCAUGAGCGCCGAGGACAACUACGAGCGCGGCUGGGAGGUCAGCAUGGCGACGACCUCGCCGCUGCGCAGCCCGUGGUUGCUGCUGUGCCAGCCCCAGGCAGAGGAGAAAUCGGAGAACGUGCCUGCGCGUCGCCGUUCCGUGCGGUUUCGUACGGUGGAAGAGGUAGAGGCGGACCUCAUGUAUGUUCGGCGCUCGACAAAACCCCUGGCGUUUCUCUACUGCGACGUCGCCGGUGCUGGCGCGAUCGCCCGGUCUGUAGCACCACCCCUCCUAAGGCUAGUCUGGGCACACUACAACUACAUUGUGCAGAACGCUGUGCGCAGCUUUAGCGGCUACGUGGCCAAGACAAACUCCACGACUUCGUACUUGGUGGUGUUCGAGGAGCCCACCAUGGCGCUUGAGGCAGCGCGGCAAAUCCAGCUAGAGAUGGUCGAAUCGAUCUGGCCAGAGGAACUGCGCAUGCUGGAAUCGACGCUGCAUGUGAAGGACAUAAAAUCCCACACGGUACUUUUCAACGGACCUCGGCCUCAGAUCUCCGUCCAUGUGUCGGACCAGUACAUGUGGUGCUUCAUGUGUUCCUCGUCUUCGCCCCCAGCUCUCAAGAGCGACGCCAGCAGCAAGGCAGUGAGUGAAGGCGGUGCCGACGGUGGUAGCGCUACCGCUGAGCCCUUGAGCGUUGUCCAUAUCAGCGGUGUUGGUGUGGAUGAGACCUUUGUGCUCGGCCUGCACGCGCGCGGUGGUGAGAUACGUCUUAGUCGAUCGCUGCUAAACGCAGUGGGCGCGCACCCGAGCGGAAAACUGCUGCUGGCGCAGCUAAGGAUGGAGUUGGUGGUGACGCCGAGAAUCAUUCACUCAGUCGAAGGUGCCAAGAGGAAGAGUAGCACCACAACGGAGGAGGCCAAGAAGGCACAGGGUGAUAGCGAACCGAAGGCUGUGAAAGCGAACGUCUUUGUCGAGGAGUGCGUGGCUUCUGUGCCGCGGCGGCUCGAGGGUCGCUUGGCGCUGAUACCGCCGUCGACGAGCACUGCCUUUGGUGCUGCCAAGCGCACCGAGGCGGCCUUGGCGAUGGCAACAGCCUCGGUGGCCGAAGGCAAUGCGGAGAGCACAAGCGGCGAGGAUGAUGGUGCAGUCCCGGCUGACGACACCGGGAGGCUCGAGUCAGCAACACCCGCGGCUGCCACGACGGAAACGGCGGGCCUCGCAUUGGCAACGCUUCCCAAGACCAUGGUACUGCCAACAGCUAUGAUGGCGCAGCAUGCGUGGCUUGUAGAGCCCGAAGAAUCCUUCAAUCCCCUGCCGGCUGCGUCGCUCACGGACUGGAGCACCGUGACGCCGCACCCGGCUGACCGCCUCAAGGAUCUCGGUCUCUUGGAGGUGACGUGUAGGAUUCAGGCAGAGCUGCAGGAAUUGCUCAAGAUGUUUCCCUCGGCGCAGCUGCUAGCCCAGGCAGUGGAGGGCGUGGCAGACGAGUCUGCGAGUGAGUUGCCGGCUGUGUUCCAGGCUGAAAGGUCCACCAGUGCGGCUGCCGGUGGCGCAGCCGGAAGCAAGACGAGUGCCGAAAAUUGUUCGUCCACUAAGAUCCCCGCACCGCCGACAUCGCUGUCUGCCACGCGUGGAAGUGUGAACCUCACCCGGCGAUCGAAGGACGCUGCACCCCCAAAGGCGUCCGCGGCCUCCUCCGCGACGCGUGUGACUACUCGAGCCGCAAUCGUCGAGCAGUAUGCGCUUUUCAUGGACUUUUCCAAGUAUCUCAUCACGGUGCUUCUGAACGCGCUUGCGAUCUGCGUUGACCAGCGCUCUCCACCUGCCCUGCCGCUGCCACGCUGCGGACAAAGCAGCAAGGUCACAGCUGUCGCCCCGCCACCUAUAUCUAGUGACAGUAGCCCCGCAGGUCCUCUCGGUGGUAGUGCCGGCAGUGGCUCGCAGAGGAACUCUCGUAGCGCCUCUAGCGCGCGGGUUCACGGCACAUCCUUUCAUGCCAUCGAAUACUCGUCAUCGGGCAGCGCGCGCGAGUCGUGCUUCUCCUCUCUACCCGGCAUUUCGCCACCCAACGGGCGGCUUUCGAACAAGGCCCCUGCCGGGGCGCGUGCGAGCCUCAUGUCUCCCCCUCUGAGCCGUGACGCGGAGCCGCAGGAAAGGGGCUCCUCCGACUCACUCUGUGAGGACUUCAAGGUCAGCCCCGAACGACUGUUCCUAAGCGCACUUGACUACCUCGAUGAUGCAUGUCGCACGCUGGCACAGGUGUCAGACACGGGGCUGGGCAAACUGGCAAAGAUCCCAGCGGCGCCGCUGUCGAAGUCCAAGACAUUUCCGUUCCGUUCCAACAGCGCACGGCGUCACUAA